GAACCGUCUUGGGCUGCCAAAGAAAGAAAAAAUAAAUAUAUAAAUAAAUAACUUAAUUUCCAAUUUAAUAGGAAAUACUGGUGAUCUCAUCAUAUUGCAAUACCAACUUGCCUGCUACAAAGCUGUCUCAAAUGCUUGUUUCAACUUUCAGAGGAUGCCCAUGGUUGGAUGGCUUCUAGGAAUCUUAAGUUCUUUCCUUAAUAAUCCUCUUUCAAUCAAGGAAACCGCUAACUUAUCUUAUCAUCAGGAGCACGUUUUAUAUGAGAAUCCUGGUAUUCGGAGAAAGGUCUUUUAUCCCAAGCAACAGAAUCCAACAUUAUGUCCUGUUCAAGUACUUGAGGAGGAGAAGGCUAUGCGACCGUCUGAUGUUAGUUGCCCAUCCUGCCUAUUUCUUUGUAUCAAGUAUGGUGGAAGAACAAGAAAUCUUCCCCAAAAUGAAUAUGUUAGGCAGCGGAUAGGAAGAAACAAGUUGAAGUCUUUUGGGCCACUGAUGUGUCGAAUAGCAAUGCUAGUUCAUAUUCGCACUGGGAGCUGCUUCUUCAAGGCCUUAGGCAUCACACUUCUGUUCAUGGCUGGUUUUCCCGACGACCUAGUUCAAAGGGAAACAAAAUACCAGAACUUGGACUUACUCCAAAAAUAUUACAGGACAGUUGAAGAAGCUGAAGGGGAGGAAUUAUUUCUUCAGCAUCCAGAGACUUGCGAUAAUGGUAGUCCUGGUUCUCAGCAGUUAACUGGGAAGACGAUUUCAACUAAAUCAAGAAGGAAACAAACCAUCUCAAAUAGUAAGCCUAAUAAUCUGAAAAGAUCCUCCGUUCAGAAGUCAAAACCUUCAAGCUCUGCAGCUCCUACUCAAUUUGGGUUAAUGGGCUACACCUCUAUUCACACUCAAGCAAUGGCAGCAUUACAGGCCAUCCCAUCUCAGACUUCAGUAGAUGCCCCUCAAAUUUCAAAUCCGAUGAUUCCCAGUACUGCUACUAAUGUCUCCUACCGCAAUCAAACCCCAUACCAUGUGUUCCCACAUCAACCAGCGAAUUCUUUUCUACCUAUGAUAUACUGGCCUCCCCCAAACUCUUUUCUUCCUGGACCUUAUUCAUCUACAUAUGGUUUCCACUCUUUUCCAUCUACUGCAAAUUACAUCUCUAUCCAUCAACAACCUUAUUACAGCAAUCCCUCCAGCACUCCUUUCAUACCCAAAACGGUAGGAGGCACACAGGAGAUCAAUAACGUGGCAUUAGAGGAAGCUGGUACUGACUCUGACAGCAGUUCAAGCAGUACUGAAACAAAAGAAUAGUAGUGAACCGUCUAUGGGACAUGAGUUCCAUGUAAAUGUCCAUCACUGGGGAAUAUUUUUGGAAGAUGUGGUGAAAUGCAUUUUUGGGGCUCUUCUUUGCAGCGGGUAUGUAACUAACAAGUCUUUAUUCGAUGUAAGUUUGCAUUUGUCGGUUUAAAGUGAAUUUAUUCGAGGGUUGUAGCAGAUUAGUUAUUGC